CGGUUUGGCGUCCGGCCAGUGACAGAUGAUUACACGUAUCUGCAGUUCGAACGGUGAACAGUAUCAGUCGUGGUUUUUUUUAAGGCUGGUCAGUUCAGCGACACGUCUGUCAAUACAGGAACGGCAACAUGGCGUCUAAAAAAACUGGUUUGGCUUUUUCCGGUGGCGGCAUUCGGUCAGCGGCGUUAUGUUCUGGCGUCCUGCGCAGGCUGCUAAAAGAUGAAGCAAAAGUAGACUACCUGAGCUGCGUGUCAGGAGGUGGUUACACAGGCACAGCCUUUCUGGAUUGGAAAUUCAGAAAAGAGGAGGAAGCAGAGAACAGCGAAGAAUGGCAUAAAGAGUUCUUUGACAACAUGCGACAAAGAGCAGGUUAUUUUUGUAACUGGGAGAAGCCAUGUCAAGGAAUUCUUGAUACGAUUGCAAUGCUUUUCCUUGUACUUGCUGUCACCUUCAUUGAACCGAUUGUCAUAUAUGGAUCAUACGCAUUUCCACUUGCCUUGAUCAUCGAUUACCUCCUCGGAAAGUUACUUCGCGCUAAGGUUGAUUGUGAUCACGUUGCGGCAACUCCUUCUCCAAGUAACCCAAGCGCUACGACGCAACAAAUCCGGGAACACUGUCUUUCUCGUCAAGGAACCGUAGCUUUCACUAAGAUUACCCUGUUUUCAUUUCUGGUCGUCAUGUCUGUCAUCUUUUACAUUCUUUCGCAAAAGUUGUCUAAGAAGAAGUCUAAGUAUUUUAGACUUUUCUCAAUAAUUUCCUUUUUACUUCUUUCUCUUACUUUCCUCCCAUUUGCAAUCAACGAUUUUUUUAUUAAAAUCCCUCUAUGGAGUCGGACGUUUAUUGUGGUGAUUGGUGUGGUCUUAUGGUUUGUCCUUCCCUUGCUGAGGAAUAAAACAUCCUACGGCAUUAUAAUCUAUCUCUAUUCUUAUAUUAUCUACUGGAAAGUGUACGAAGCCGAGAUUGUCGGUGUUGUAUUUUCUUCAUCGCUCUUUAAUAAGCUACUCUUUGCCUCUGGGUUUAUCAUAUGGUUUGUACCUUACCUAGCACAAUCACGGAGGAGGCUCGUUCAUGUCUUCAACAGAUGGAGACUUCAGAAGGCAUUUUACUCAAAGGAAAGUUCAGGUAAGGGAUGCCUGGAAAUACUCCGCGAACUUUUCCAUCCUUUGGGGACGUGUCUGGAUAGAAAAAGGAGACAAUGGUCCCGCCCUAGAAAUCAUAGAAGUAGCUGUGAUGCUUUGGACUAUGGCAUUGAGCCAGCUCAGAAAGGAUCUUUGAACCUGGCAGAUCUCAGAGGGAUGGAGCCUGAAUAUAUAUCAAACAUGACUGUCCACAGCUGGAAGAAAGCUGCCGAUUAUGACACGGAUGAUGAUGUCUUGACAAUGUCACCUACCACAAUAGAGCGUUUAGAUCGAGGUUCAUCGACUGCCGAUCCAUUUCAGGAUAAGCUGAGCCCUCGAGAUAUAGAGUUGUCAGACGCCAUGGCGACUUCUGCAGCAGCGAUUUCCGGGUACGACGAUAACCUACAGGUAUUACGAAUUUCCACGAUUCUUGGGCUCGAAAUGGGAACCUCAGUGAUCAGCAACCUCGAUGCAAUUAAAAAAGAGCCAUGGUUCAUGAAGACCCAAACCAAAAUAGUCAGUGAUGCUUAUCUGCGCAAAAGGAAAUAUCUGAACGAACCCGUGUGCACUCGUGGUAAAUCGUUGAAUGUAACCAGCCUCAAGGCAAGAAAAAUGAACAGGGCAAAGUGGUUCAUCGUGCACGUCUCCUUUGUGAGGUUCGUGAGAGAAGGCCUUUCCAUUGACAACAUCGGACCCAUGCCUCCUCCCGUGAUGCUACUCAGCGAUGGAGGCCACGUGGAAAAUCUUGGUAUUUUGCCAUUGUUAAAGAAACAACUCAAGAAAAUUAUCGUGGUGGAUGGUGGUUCCUAUUCUAAUGAAAAUGAGUAUGGAGAAUGCCUACUGAAAGCACUAAUGCUCGCUCGUAGAGACCUGAACUGUUCCUUUCUUGGCCAGGGUGGUCGUGACGUCAUUUCAGACCUGUUGGAGAACUUCGUGAAACCUCAGCAACCAGAAGAAGGAAAGAGCAAAGAAGAGAAGAAACCUCAGCAACCAGAAGAAGGAAAGAGGAAAGAAGAGAAGAAACCGCGACAUUUCAAAUUUAAAGUCGAAUAUUACAAAAACAGCAACAAAGUUGGAGAAGGCGAAAUAUUAUUGAUACGGCCAAGAGAUCCACGAAAAGGUGAAAACAGCGAGGUCAAAACCUGGGAAGAGUUUGGUCUCCAUCUCGAGAAACGUGGCUGGGGGAAUAGCCCAUAUCUGAGUGAAGAGGACGUCGACAAGUUGACCUUNGGGAGUUAA